CAUUGUUUAACUCUGAAACUAUACUUUCUUUCUCAACUCUUCGUUCAUUCAAAACAAGUAUCCGCUUCCAUUUCCAAUCAAACCACGCCGUAACCUUCCGUCACCGAAAAAUCCCUAAUCACCAUGUGGCGGAGACUCUUCACUUCUCCUCACCUCAAAACCCUACGUUCCUCAUCUCUCUCCCAUCCCCGAUCCGCCGUCGCCGGACCUCGAUUCGUCGACCUCAGUCGCCACGUCGCCACACAAUCAGCUGGUUCGGUUAAGAGAGUCGAAGAUGUAGUGCCAAUUGCAACUGGUCAUGAACGUGAGGAGAUUCAGGCUGAACUUGAGGGGAGGAAUAUUCUUGAAAUAGAUCAUCCAGAAGGUCCUUUUGGCACAAAGGAAGCACCUGCUGUUGUUAGGUCUUUCUAUGACAGAAGGAUAGUUGGAUGCCCAGGCGGCGAAGGCGAGGAUGAGCAUGAUGUUGUCUGGUUUUGGCUGGAGAAAGGCAAGCCCCAUGAAUGUCCAGUGUGUACACAGCAUUUUGAACUUGAAGUCGUGGGACCUGGCGGUGAUCCUUAUGGACACCAUUAAUUUGAUGCUGCAAUUUUCCUUCAGGAAUAAAUUUUCCCAAAGAGUUUGUUUUACACUUGCACAUUUCAAAAUCAUGAUGACCCACUUCAUUUGAUUUUUGAUUGGUCUAAAGACCUUGCGGUUUAGCAACUUCAGAGAGUUUCUGUGAUUAUUUAGACACAGGGUGGUCAUUUGAUUAAACUAUAAAUCCUGUUAGGUUGUCAUUUUUGCUCUGCCUAAUAAUUGAUAGCAUGGCUAUGAUUCUUUAACAA